AUGUCCCACAUCCACGGCCCGCAAUGCAUCUGCCAGAUUUGCACAUGCGGCCGCCACCGUUGCCCGCACGAUCGAAACGCCAGUAACCUCAACUUUGGCGACGACUCCAGCGGCUUCCAGCGAAAGGAGUAUGCAGUGGCGGCUGGGGGCGAGCGCAGCCCCGCCAGAAAGCCACGAGGCGAAAUUUCACCCCAAAAUCUUGGAGCGACGACGGACGCGACCUUGAUGAGCAGAAGCGAAACUCACGAAGCCUACCAAGCCGCUGAUGGCGACGCCAAAAACCGCUUCGUCACCUCGGCCGCUUUCAAGAAACGAAACCAACAAUCCCAGAUCUUUGACUCGAAUGGCAACGACUCGAACAGCCGGAUCUUGGGACGACGUGAACAAGUGUCCCGCGACGAAAUGGUCGACAAGGAAAAAGCGACGAACAGCAGGGAGGCCACCCCUCAAAUCAGCCCCAACUCUACUGCAGCAAUCGAGAGCAAAUUGACCGCCACCCCGCUUUCACGCUACAAACGACAACACUUACUGCAAUCGAGCCUGACUUUCGGUGACGAGGACGCCAAACCCUCUCCCACAAUGGUCGUCAAGCAAAUUGAAGUCAAGGAGGAGACCGUUCCUUCUUAUGCACGCUCAACCGAAGCGGCACGCAAGAAAGUGGCUGUGGUUUCUGGUGUGGUGGUCGAGAACAAUCAUGAUAAGAGCCAAUCCGUGUCGCGAAGUGACUUUGCCGGGGUGCAAGGGGAUCGCGUGGAAGUUCGACGACCGAAAGAAAACCAGAUAUUUGAGCGACACGCAAAUGGCGUAAUGGGUACCUCCAUGACAAGGAGUGACUACUCCCCGAAGAAAGGCGAUCGCUAUGAAAUCAGGAAGCCCGUCGACAGUAAAAUCUUCGAAGUAAAAGGCGGCAUCGAAGGUCAAACCCAGAACCAGAGGGACUUCCAAGCAGGACGAGGCGAUCGCUAUGAUGCUGUGAAGCCUGGAGCAUCGGACAUCUGGCACAAGGAAGGCGGCGUCGAGCAGAUGACCGUCAACCGCAGCGAGUACAGCGCCAAGGCCGGCGAACGUACGAUGUCGUCAAGCCGAAGAAUCCGACCUGUUCGAGGUGAUGGCCACUUCGAGGGCCAGACCCAGAAUCAGAAGGACUUCCAAGCAGGACGAGGCGAUCGCUAUGAUACAGUACGACCCGGCGCAUCAGACAUCUGGAACAAGGAAGGCGGCGUCGAGCAGAUGACCGUCAACCGCAGCGAGUACAUCGCCAAGGCUGGCGAACGCUACGCUGUCGUCAAGCCGAAAGAAUCCGACCUGCUUCGAGGUGAUGGUCACUUCGAGGGCCAGACCCAGAAUCAGAAGGACUUCCAAGCAGGACGAGGCGAUCGCUUGAUACAG